GUGAAACUAGCCCUGUUCCCUGUUCUCACAAUAACUGUGAGAACAGAGCGAGGCCGGAGGAAUGAGUGCUGUGCAGCACACUGCGUUUAUGUCAUUUAUCAUGAACAGGACCCUUGCAUUCCGUCCAUGGACAGCGCUGGUAACCAAUGGUCCUCUUCACCUGUACCAUCAUAUUUUAUCCAGUAAGAAUGGAGUAUUGGAUGAUGAGCCAGAUACUGAUGUGCCAUAUGACUAUGAUGACUACUAUGCUGGAAAUGUUGAUUCAUCUGCGUUUUCCUGUGUUUAUGGAGAACAUGGAGCCAGCAUUCUUCCAGUGUUAUACUCCCUUUUUUUUGUGGUGGGCUUUCUGGGUAACAUGGUGGUCCUUGUGGUCUCCAUGGGUGUCAAACUGAGAAGCAUGACUGACAUCUGUCUCCUGAACCUGGCUUUAUCUGACCUGCUCUUGGUCUCCUCCCUUCCCUUCCUGGCACACUAUGCCAGAGACCAGUGGAUCUUUGGAGAUGUCAUGUGCACUAUGGUCCUCAGUGUCUACCACAUCGGAUUCUACAGUGGGAUAUUCUUCAUUGUACUGAUGAGUGUUGAUCGAUACUUAGCUAUAGUUCAUCCUGUGUUUGCCUUGAGAGUCAGAACAAGGACAUAUGGGAUCUUAGCCAGUGUGGUCAUGUGGAUUGUUGCUGUUUCUGCAUCGUUUCCUGAGUUGAUGCACUUGAAAACCACAGAUUAUAAUGAACAAAAACAUUGCACAUCUUAUCCAACAAAUGAUCAAAAUUCACAUAUUUUUUUGAGGACUUUUGGUAUCUUGAAAAUGAAUAUCAUUGGUUUAAUUCUCCCACUUAUUGUGAUUGGAUUUUGUUACUCAAUGAUUCUGAAGAGACUCCUGACAGCACACUCUUCCAGGAGGCAGGCCAUGCAUCUUGUCAUCGUGGUGAUGGUGGUCUUCUUCUGCUGUUGGGUUCCAUACAAUGUCACAGCUUUUAUGAAAGCCUUAGAGCUGAAUGAAAUCAUAACUCAGUCUUGUGACAGCAGUAUGGCAAUCAGUCUAAGCCUACAGAUAACAGAAGCUUUGGCUUACUCACACAGCUGCCUGAAUCCCAUUAUCUAUGCAUUUGUGAAAGAGAAGUUUAGGAGGCACCUUUUCAGACUCCUGUACAGGACACCCUUCAGUAGACUGCAAUUCAUGAAGAACUACCUUACACAGGCCACAGUAUCAGUUUAUUCACAUAACACUAAUGAUGAGAAAACUAGUACAACAGUCUGAAUUGGAAAAAGACUGUCAAAAGGAAAUUUUAAGUUUAUAAAAUUUAUAUGGUUAUGCUUAAUUUUGUUUUGUUUAUCACUUGCUUUAAAAGUACUUUCAUACCAUACAAAAUGUGAAAAAAACAAAACAAUGAAUUGCAGACAAAUAAUCUUUUUACACCAAGAGCAGCAUGAAUAUGCAUCAGUCAAAUUCACAAACACAAAUUCACAACUGUACAUCAGAGGGCACAACACAAACACACCAUUACAAAUAACAGAAUGCAGGAGAGACUCAAAUUCAACUGAUGUUCCUUUUAGAGCAAGUCAGUUCACUCAUUGGCCAUCUUGGGAAUGCAUUUGUCAUGCAAAUACAGCUCUUAACUUUACAGGUGUUUCCAUCUGGACUUUACAACAGCAGAUAUAUAAUGAUGUAUUCAUUCAACAGCAAGAACUGUUGUAAACACCAGGCAGUGGCAUUGGCUCUUUUAUUUGGAAGGCGGAACUUAUUUAGACCUGCCAUAUUAGGCGUUCAAAUUUCUCAUUGUAAUGCCAUUGGUCCAUCUUGGCUUUAAAUAGUCUCUUCAAUGAUAUAGUUUGGUAUUUAACUUAUAUAAUUCAUGAGGUAACAUUUACAUUUUGUUGAAGUGUAAGCAAUUGUGUAAAAUUAUUGAAUAUGUAACUGAAUUCAACCAACCUGAAAUAUUUUACCAACACAGUAUAUUUUGAUUUGUCCUGCUCAAAUAAUCACUUAGUAAGUUUGAUAUAAUCUGUUUUUGUUUAUAUGAUGAAACUCUAUUUUGAUGUAAGUACAUUGUUAUCUCAAUUACCAUUUUCACAGACUUACAAAUUAGUUAUCUUUUUAUGCAACCUUUUAUGUAACCUGUCUUAUAUGAGAAUCCCUGUAUAUAAAUAUUAUUUACGUUAAAUAAAUGUUACUAUAAGUAAGGAAAGAGUUGCUGCAUACAUUUAACUCAAAUUAAAAAGAGAACACGUGGAAUAAAGGAUUAAGAUUAA